AUGGAGGAUAAGGAUACAAAGAGAAAAAAGAAGAACAUCAUAAUAAUCAAUGAUAAGGGAGAAAUGUUGAGUGUGGCAAAGAAAGAUGAUGGAAACAUAACAGAUGUGGAGAGGCCUGAGGAGAUGAAUACGAAGGCAGAGAGUGUUCGAGAAGAAGAGAAAUCCCAAGAAAAGGAACAAAAAGAACUCUCGGAAGUAAAGGACACUAAAGACACUUCCGAUAUGUCCAAGGACCGUCUGGAGCACUCUGAAGAGAAGACACCGGAAGAAGAAAGUAAGAAGGAAACGAAGGAGGAAGAAUCCAAAGAGAAGGAAGAAAGCCAGAAGGAAGAGGUAUCAACACCCUCGAAUUCCAAGGAGCCCAAAGACAACGAGAAGGCGGAAGAUGCACCCACACCCUCUGAGAAGGGCGAUACUUUUGUUCCUCCUAUACUCAAGACACUUUCCGAGAACUCCAACAAGGAGAUAUUUGAGGAGAGAGACAAAGGUAGCAUAGUGGCCGAGGGAUGGAUUUGGAAGAAGAGGAGGAUCUUCAGCUGUUUCUGGCAUCAGAAGUAUUUUGUUCUCACAAAGGACGGGGUUCUGAAGUACUACAAGGCCGAUGGAAGAAGGAAGGCAAAGGGGAACUGGAACAUUAAGGAAGCAGACGAUCUCAGAGAAUACAAUCUUCCCAGCGAAGAGAACAAGCAUCCUUGCAGAGUAAUGGUGGUCUUCCCCGACAGCUCCCUUCUUCUGGCAUUCGACGAAAGAAACACUAAGGACUACUGGGUGGAAAGGCUUAAUGAGAUCAUUAAGAAGUCGAAGAAGUAA